UUAAGGUCUGCUCACAGUACACAAUCAUGGAGCAACAGGAGGAUCUACCCAAUGCCAGCGUUCGUAAGACGCUGGAAGAGUUACUUGGCCGCAGCGACUAUACACUGGAGUUGGCGUGUGCCAAGGGCAAUAACUACUUGGGCAUAGUGUGGCGAAUACAAGUGGCAAAAGAGCAAAGCCUAGUCUUGAAGCUUCCACCCCAGAACUUAUUAAGACGCAAGCAGUUUUUUGCUCGGCCAUGCUUUGAGCGCGAAGCUAUGGCCUACGAAAAGUUCUUGCCGCUGGCCCGCAGUUUUCAGGCAGAGCGACAGGUACCGGAGCUAAAGCGCUUUUGCCACUUUGCACGAUGUUUCGCCAGUCGCCAGGAUGAGCCCAACGAGUGUAUUGUGCUGGAGGACUUGUGCCGUAAUGGCUACCAGAUGCACGAUCGCUUCGCGGACCUUACACCAGCUCACGUAUCGCUGGUCAUGUGCGCGUAUGCAAAGCUGCACGCAGUCACAUUGGCUGUUAAACACCAACAGCCUCAGAAGCUAUUGCCAUUUCAGAAACUGGUAGAUAUUUUUGAGGAGCGACGCACAGAUCACGUCCUAGGUGUCUAUUUUGAGCAGCUGAAGCAAAGCGCACUGAGCACACUAUGCCCGCAAAAAGAUGCUAUUUAUAUUAAGCGCCUACAGACUUUUUUUGGUCGGGGUAGUUAUUUCGAAAUGUUAUUGGAAUUACUUAAUGGUUCCAACUGUGAACCAUUUGCAGUGGUUUGCCACGGCGACAGUUGGAACAACAAUUUUCUCUACAGCUGCCAAGCGUGCACGAAACAGCCUUUAGAGGUCUGUCUUAUUGACUGGCAGCUAAUGCGAUAUGCCUCCCCGAUAACUGAUUUGGUCUACUUCUUAUUCAGCUGUACCACGCGAAAGUUUCGCAGGCAGCAUUACCAGCCAAUGAUUCAGUUAUACUAUGAGGAGUUGCGACAACAACUAACUAGACUGGGAGAAGUGGCAGAAGCUUUAUUUCCACUGACUGCUUUUAAGCAACAACUAAAGGAAAAGGGCGCUGUGGGAUUGCUGCUAGCCAUGAUGGUGCUACCAAUAGUGACCAUGCGUGGCGAGGAUGCGCCGGAUCUUCAAGUUAUUAGCGAGAUGGCAGAAGGCGGUGCCACCACCAGUUUGCACAGAGUUGGAUUUUUAGGAAUUGGCAAUGAGAUGUUGUACAAGCAACGAAUGCGUGAAGUCAUAUUGGAUUGUGCAGAUUAUAACUAUAUUUAGAUGUUUCAGUUGCUUACCAAUUGCUCCUGCAGCUGCUGCAACCGAUGACUCAGUUGCGGGGACAGCUUCACUUGUUUGGCACUCUUAGCAAAGCGCAGCGUGGAGAUAGUUUCAGACAGAUCAGAAGCAUGUGGACUUACGCAAGUCAGCAAAGUUAAAUAAGCACCUGCACUGAGAGAGUCUGCAAAUAAAAAUAUGAUUCGCGCGCCUUAAUUUAAAAAAAUACUAAAUACCAAUGUUGUCGAUAAAUUUGCAUUUCUAUUAAAGCCCUUUUUAUUUUUAAGGCUA